AUGUUUCCUAUUCUUUCAGGACCCUCCAUGAAGGAGCCGUGCUUCCGGUGUAAGCGACCGACAUACUUCAAUGACAAGAUCGGCCCAUUGAAAGAUGGAGCGCUGUUUCAUAAGGGAUGCUUCAAGUGUUGGAUAUGCGGGACGAGGCUUUCACUGAAGACAUAUCACAACAACCGCAACGACACGCAAGAUUUGGAGGUGUACUGUGCCGGUCAUGUUCCCACACCUGGACCACACGACCCCAUUCCACAUAGGUCAAAUUUGUUGUUUUCACCGAAGACGAAAGGAGAAUAUCCCCACAAUUUGAUGAGACCGGCUGGACCGACGUAA